CGGUGCCGCGUCGCAGGAUGGGCUCCCUCGCGGGCUGAGCCCUCCGGGACGGGGACACUGUGCGUGUGGGAGCGCUUGUUUACAGCUCCCUCUCUUCGGGCUUUUGCGGCGUAGGAAGGGACGAAAUAAGCAGCUGGUCGGGACCGUGCUGUGAAAAAUGAGUGGUGGGUUGGCACCAAGCAAAAGCACAGUGUAUGUGUCCAAUUUACCCUUUGCUUUGACAAACAAUGAUCUGUACAGGAUAUUUUCAAAGUAUGGGAAAGUUGUCAAAGUUACUAUUAUGAAAGACAAAGACACCAGAAAGAGCAAAGGAGUUGCCUUUAUUUUGUUUUUGGAUAAAGAAUCUGCACAAAACUGUUCUCGGGCACUUAAUAACAAACAGUUGUUUGGAAGAGUAAUAAAAGCAAGUAUUGCCAUUGAUAAUGGAAGAGCAGCAGAAUUCAUUCGCAGGCGUAACUACUUUGAUAAGUCUAAGUGUUACGAAUGUGGGGAAGCAGGACACUUAAGUUAUGCUUGUCCUAAGAAUAUGCUAGGAGAGCGGGAGCCACCGAAGAAAAAAGAAAAGAAGAAGAAAAAGAAAAUAGUUGAGCCAGAAGAAAUUGAGGAGGAAGGAGAAAGCGAAGAGGAAGGAGAAGACCCUGCUCUGGAUAGCCUCAGCCAAGCCAUAGCUUUUCAGCAAGCCAAAAUUGAGGAAGAACAACAGCGAUGGACACAGACUGCAGGGGAAUCUUCAAUUUCAGAUGAUUCAAAACGUCCACGGAUUAAGAAAAGUACUUAUUUCAGUGAUGAGGAAGAACUUAGCGAUUGAAAUAAUACUAUUCUAUAUGUAUAUAUAAUAUAUGUAAUGUACCUUUUGUAAAUUGCUACAAAGUGAUCUGUAAUAUAGAUUUGUUUUGGUGUUGGAGACACUGAAAAUCACGUUGUAUUUUUAUUCUGUCCUCUCACCCUCCUGUCUUUUUAUACCUGUUCUCAAAACUUCACCUUUCAAGGCAGCUUCUUAAGGAAAUGGUGUGUUCCUACACUUAAAUCCAGAAAAAGUAUCUAUGAGAAUACUACUUACAGUUAGUAUCUAGACCCAAACCCUGGGAGUGAAAUCUUUCCUAAGAGAAUUUCCCACAGCUUUUUUCCCAAGGGGAUUCCUCUUAGGACGACUGUUAGCACCACUGAUUCUUUAUGUAUUGGUCUGUUUAUUGCCUGCUUGGAAGCAGGAGGCUUUAGCAGUACUUUAGUGGAAUGUGAAUCUUGCACUAGUUCCUCUUCAUAGGGUUGAAUUUCAGCUUUAAGCAUUGUACUAGUCUUUUAACUUCUCAUACAGUAGAUGAGAAAUUACUGUCGCACCAGCACUGUUUUUCCUGACUGCAGUUUGGGUGCCUAACAUGGUAAUUAUGAUUAUCCAUGGCGUUUUGAAUAUACUUGUAUCUAACCUGGGUCACAGUUCUAUGUUCACAGCCAUCUGAACCUGUUGGCAAAAUCUAAAAGGCACAAAGUUUCCUACAUGCUUAAAAAUGAGCUUUCAUGUAUACUUGGAACCAUCAUGGUCUCUAAGCAAAGUGUGUCGGCACCUAUUUUGCAAAUAAAGCUGUCAAGUCCUUUUAAA